AACAGAGGGCGCGCAUGAGCGUUAUAAUGCCAUCAAGUCCCAAAACGUUCAGGAGUCAACUCAACACCUGUAACAGCAAAUUCAAAACAUAACGACGUCGACUGUCCUUCCCUAUGGAGUAUUUUUGACAAUGCACCGGGAGGUUCCAGAUGUAGCUGGGGUCUGGCAGCAAUGACCAUGGUGCUGUCCUGGGGUGGUUUGUUGAUAUUAGCGGCCCUAUCCCGGGCCCUGGGCUCUCUGCAGCAUUCAGAGGAGCCUUCUGUCCCAGAUGAAUGGGUCCUGCUUCAUGUUGUGCAAGGCCACAUCGGAGCGGGAAACUACAGCUACCUGCGUCUCAACCAUGAAGGACGCAUUAUCCUGUACAUGCAAAGCCUUAAGGGAGAUGCCGAUCUCUACGUCUCUGACAAGACGCUGCGGCCAAACUUUGAUACCUAUAAGCUUCAGUCUACCACCUGUGGCCAGGAUGUGGUGGUCGUCCCGGGGGAUUUUAUUAGGCCUGUUGGAAUCGGAAUCUACGGACAUCCAUCCUACAUGGAAAGUGAGUUUGAGAUGAGGGUGUUUUACGACCAGACGGCACUUACAGGAGAGGAUAUCGAGAAAAACUCUUAUUCCUCAGAUGAGACUCCCGGUCAGUCUCAACACUCUCAGGGCCCUGAGGACGUGACGGAAGAAGAGGAAUCCAUCCUGUGGACUAUUCUAAUUGGGAUUCUUAAGAUCAUACUUGAAAUUUUGUUUUGAUUUUGAUGUUCCAGCUGCCAAAAUAACACAUUUGCCACAUUAAACAAUUUUCUUGUUUAGAUCAAAUGAGCAGGUUUUUUUGUUCAGAGUAAUGACUACAAAUGAAGAACUACAAAUGCUUUGCCUGGAGUUCUGUUCAAAUCUUGAGUUGCACCAUCACUGCUUUAUAGAGAAUCUGUAUGUUUCGUCCAAAAUUUGAAUAUGCAAAUUAUAAAUUUGUUUGUCAAAUUACAUGUCAUAUCAACACAAUUGAUUGCACUUGAUAUGUCAAACAAAAGUUCUUUUCUGAUAUUUUAUUGGAGUUAAAAAAAAAAAUCAGUUGCGUGGUGCAUUUGUUUGUCUUUUACUGACCUGGGGAUGUGAAUUCUAAGUUUUAAUCUGCACUAUGCAAUCACACAAAUCACCUUGUGACUGAGGUCAUACGGUUGUGCCUAAUGUGAAGAAGAAUCUGUUGACUAAUAAGCAGCAAAGAAUCUUCUGCGCCUGUAGUUGUAAGAUACAAAUAAAACCACUUAUUUUUGAAAAUU